AUGGAAUUCGCCCCCGUCGACGAUGUCACCGAAUCGAAGCGAGGGAUUCCGUUGAUGCAAGUCGUCGAAGACGUCGGGCAAUGGCUGAAAAAUGAGGGCGAAAUCUCCGGCGAAGAGGGCCGGGAACGCCUGAAUGAGCAAUAUAGAAAAUAUAAAAUGAUCGAGGGCGGCCUGACGCAGCAGCGCGAUCGGAUGCUGGAGAAGAUCCCCGAGUUCAGCAACAGCCUCAAGCUGAUCGAGACGCUGAUCGAGAAGCGGGAGAAGGGAGAAGCCUUCGAGACGAGCCCGAUGAUUGCCGAGGAGUUGUGGACGAGGGCCCGAGUGCCCGAGCCGAAAACGGUUUGCAUCUGGAUCGGCGCCAACAUCAUGGUGGAGUACGAGCUGGACAAGGCGAAGGACCUCAUCCUCAAGAACCGAGCGAAACUCGAGGCUCAACUAAAAGACCUCUGCGCCGAGCUGGCCUUUGUCAAGGAUCAGAUUACCACUUCGGAGGUGAACAUGGCCCACGUGCACAACUUUGCCGUCAAGCAGCGUCGGCUGACCACGCAGCGCAUGCAGGCCAGC